UCUCUGCGGUUUCCUUGGGGACGUGGCACCGCCGCCGGCACAGGCCUCCUUCCGGCUGGGCUAGAGGCGGUGGAGAGUCGCUCCUGAUCAAUCCGAGAGGUGCAGCGGACACCCGCAGGCCGCUCGACAGGCGUCAGGCUUAGGAGAUGCCUAGGACAAGGAGACCACCUUCUCAGGGCAAAAGGAAAAGAAGGUGACAGGCGUUGAGACCACUGAAGGGAACCCAUGGCUAGGAUCAGUUUUUCCUACCUCUGCCCAGCCUCGUGGUACUUUACUGUGCCCACAGUGAGCCCAUUUCCCCGUCAGCGAGUGGCAUUCCUAGGACUCUUCUUCAUAUCCUGUCUCCUUUUACUUAUGUUAAUUACGGACUUUCGACAUUGGGGUGUUUCGUCACCACGAGAUAGGCAAUACGAAAGGUAUUUGGCUCGAGUAGGGGAGCUUGAAGCGACUGACACCGAAGACCCAAAUCUAAAUUAUGGACUUGUCGUGGACUGUGGCAGCAGUGGCUCCCGGAUUUUUGUUUAUUUUUGGCCAAGACAUAAUGGGAACCCCCAUGACUUGCUGGAUAUCAAACAGAUGAGAGACCGAAAUAGCCAACCGGUGGUUAAAAAAAUCAAGCCAGGAAUCUCUGCAAUGGCAGACACUCCAGAACAUGCCAGCGAUUAUCUUCGUCCUCUGCUGAGUUUUGCUGCUGCUCAUGUGCCUGUGAAGAAGCACAAGGAGACCCCGCUUUACAUCUUGUGCACAGCGGGCAUGAGGCUUCUUCCUGAGCGGAAACAGUUGGCUAUCUUGGCUGAUCUAGUGAAAGACUUACCGCUGGAGUUUGACUUCCUCUUUUCACAGUCUCAGGCAGAAGUGAUCUCUGGGAAGCAGGAAGGGGUUUAUGCAUGGAUUGGAAUCAACUUCGUUUUAGGAAGAUUUGACCAUGAGGAUGAAUCAGAUGCCGAAGCUUCCCAGGAAUUGGCAACAGGACGCAGAAGGACAGUAGGGAUACUGGAUAUGGGAGGAGCCUCUCUCCAAAUUGCUUAUGAAGUUCCUUCCUCAACCUCUGUCUUUCCUCCAAAACAGGAAGAAGCUGCAAAGAUCCUGCUGGCUGAAUUCAACCUGGGUUGUGAUGUGCAACACACCGAACAUGUAUAUAGGGUUUACGUCACGACCUUUUUGGGUUUUGGGGGCAAUUUUGCCCGGCAGCGCUAUGAAGAUCUUGUACUGAAUGAAACUCUUAACAAAAACAGGUUGCUGGGCCAGAAGACAGGUCUGAGUCCUGACAAUCCGUUUCUGGAUCCUUGCCUGCCUGUGGGGCUCACAGAUGUGGUGGAGAGGAACAGCCAUGUCCUGCAUGUCCGAGGAAAAGGAGACUGGGCCACUUGUGGGGCAAUGCUGAGCCCUCUGCUGGCUCGCUCGAACACCAGCCAGGCUUCACUGAAUGGCAUCUACCAAUCGCCAAUUGACUUCAACAACAGCGAGUUCUAUGGUUUCUCUGAGUUUUUUUACUGUACGGAGGAUGUGCUGCGCAUUGGUGGCCGCUAUCACGGGCCAACAUUUGCCAGGGCUGCUCAGGAUUACUGUGGCAUGGCUUGGUCGGUACUAACUCAGAGAUUCAAGAAUGGACUUUUUUCAUCACAUGCAGAUGAGCAUCGACUCAAAUAUCAGUGUUUUAAAUCGGCUUGGAUGUACCAAGUCCUUCAUGAAGGCUUCCACUUCCCCUAUGACUACCCAAACUUGCAGACAGCCCAGCUGGUGUAUGACCGAGAGGUUCAGUGGACGCUGGGAGCCAUUCUGUAUAAAACACGAUUCUUACCACUCAGGGAUCUACGACAGGAAGGUGUCCGACAGGCCCAUAGUAGCUGGUUCCGUCUCUCCUUUGUCUACAACCAUUAUCUCUUCUUUGCCUGUAUCCUGGUGGUGCUACUGGCCAUUAUCCUGUACCUUUUGCGACUACGCCGAAUUCACCACCGACAAACUCGAGCCUCAGCUCCAUUGAACUUGCUAUGGAUUGAAGAAGUGGUGCCCAUGAUUGGGGUCCAGGUGGGGCCAUGAGGCUGGGCAAGGACUAGGGAAGCUCAGGUACCCUAGAGUUGCUGCUCAUCGAAUUCUACCACUUUCUUGUUCUGGCCUCAGAUGCUGCUUUGCCUGACCUUGUGAAUAUUUGGCCUGGUAAUUUCUACUUUAAUAUCUACGUUCAUUUCUUCUCAAUCUCCAAGUCCUCUUAUCUGAGAGAAGCUGUAAUUUAGUCUUGUGAAGAACUAAAUCAUGAGAGAUUGGUGCUAACAAAGGUAACCAACCUUAGUCCAAUUGAAGCAUGCUUCUACUCCUUUACCUGAGAGGCCUGGUGUGUUCCUGGGAUUUAGACUUUCCUCCCUUCGCUAAAGCAUGCAAUUUGGGCACACUGGAAGCCGGGCUGAAACCAAACUUGGAGCAUCUGAUACAAAGCCGAAGACUUUCUAGCAAGUGCAGCAGCCCCUUCUUUCUCUGUAACAGAGAUAUCAUUUAUGUGGAGAUCCACAGCCUUUAAUAGGGAUCCAAGAUAAUUUGCAGUUCAGUGGAACAGAUAAGAGUUUCCAGGCAACCAAAAUAACAGCUCCUUGCUUAUUUGACAAAGAAGCCAUUAUGAGUGUGGUCCAAGACCCUUGACAUAGUGUUGCUGAUGUUAGUGAUUUUAAAAGGUUAGAACCCCUUCUAAAUGAAUGGUCCCUUGAAGAUUUUGAUAGUAUCUUUAUCUGAUGUCUGGUAUGACCAGGAUAGAAAAGUUUUCCAUGUGCAUGUGCCUCACAGGCUGUUUGGGCAUUAAAUUUUUCUUUUUGAGCCUUAAAUGUGCUUGUAGGAUGGAGAAACUGUGAUGGGGAUUGGAGACCUGGGUUUGUGUGAUUUCAGGUUACUGUCCUCUAGGCCUAUUUUUAUGAGUCCUUAUACAGAAAGAUUCAAAAGAGUUUAUUUCACUGCUGUCAUCAAUAUGUAGUUUGGGAAGGGACGUAUUUGGGUUGUUUUUAAAGAUGGAAAGAACAAUAUUAGGAUAGUGAGCAAAGGCAAUAAAAUCCAAGCUCUUAUUUAUUUAUUAAUGUUGUUCUGAGAAAUAGAAAUUUUCUUAAUUUGACUCCUGGAAUGUCUGAAAAGAAGCAAAUUCUAAACUUUGGAAUAAAUAGAUAAAUCUGUUAAUAAGCCAUCUGGCAACUUUCAGAACCUAUGUUAAGAGCUUGAUCAAUUACAAACAGCAUUUCCAUUAAUGAGGAAAAGAGGAAAAGCCAUAAUAAUUACAUUUUCAUCCACGACCCUUUAGGAGCUUUGCUCCUCCUCCACAUUUAGCCUUUAAAUUGCACAAGGAUUUCUUAUUCAUCAAAUCCCACCUUCUCCCAUGGAAUCUUUUUUAUACUUUAUCCUUCUCUAUGUGUAGCCUUGAAUGUCCUGCCCAAGAAUAUAUUCCCAGAGUUGUAGUAACUUUCUUUUCUGUUUUGUCACCUUUGAUUUCUAAAAUUAGAUGAGAAGGAGAAAUGGCCCCUGGCUUUAAAAGAAAAAAAAGUGGAAUUAUUAAAAUGUAAAUUCCAUACUGAGAGCAGAAAGAAGUUAAAUGCUUCAUAAAACAGAGGAAAAAGAAAUCAAGAUCUUCCUAGAAAUAAACUGAGAUGAAAAUAAGUACACUGACUCUUGGUUGGUGGGUGAAAAGGUGACAAGUCCUGAGUUGUUUUCAAAUUCGAUUAAGAUGGAUCUAGCAAAGAAUCUUACAGUUUCCUUUGGAAAUAUUUUUUAUCAUUAGGGCUUACAUCACAGUAAUUUCCUUUAAUUUUUAAGACUUCUAAUUUGCCUUGCUUUUCUUUGACUUCUUAUCCUUGAGUGAGCCUUCGCUUUAUGAAUGCUGCUUAUUAAUCAUGUCAAAAUAUGUUUUUGCUAGCCAUUACUUACUCAGGUAACUCUUUCUUUUCUCUUCACCUUGGUUUCCAAAUAGUAUUUUUGGUUUCUUUGGAGGUCUAGUCAGUGAGCUAGUGAAAAGCUACCUAAUUGGCUAACAGUGAUCACUUUGUGUGCUCAAAAAUGAGGUUGAAGCAGGGAGGAGGUGGCGAUUAGUCCAAUUUGAAAGCUGCUAUUCGUAAAGUUAUUCUUCGUCCUGGUUAUAAUAAUAGCUACCAUUUCUUAAGCACUCAUUGUGUACCAGACACCGUUAAGAAUUUUAUCUACAUUAUUUAAUCAUUAUGACCACCUUUCAGAUUGAUAUUACUGUGUUCUUUUUAUAGUUGAGAAACUCAGGAUACCUAUGUUUAUCAUUUUUUUCAAUAUAAAUUUAUUUCAUAGUCUUAAUUUAUUUUUAUUAGUCUUUGAGUUUUUGUUUAGUGUGCUAUAUCCUGUAUAUUAAUAUUAUAGGAUCUCAGCUUGUCUUUAUUACCAUGAGCAAAACUUCUCAGAGUUCCAUGGUUUAAAAAUAAGAAGGACAAAUUUUUAUCAUAGCCCUCAGAAAAACUGAAUAUAUGCUCUUGGUGUUGGUUUCUGUGCUUCUUCCAUUGUUCUCAAUUAAUGAUUUUAAACAAAAUUUCAUUAGAAACAGAAGCCAUUCAUUCCUUGCUAAGAGCCAAUUACUUAUAUAUAUAUUGCUUUUCUUGAUGAAAUAUUCUUGCUUAUAGAGUCAGUCUGUUUUGCCUUUAACCCUCUUUUAGCUCUGUUUUUAAAGAUUUUAAAAGGUUUCAUUUGUUUACAUUUCUGCAUUUGAGGUUCCCCUGUGGAUAUAAUUUUGGUUUCAUAAAAUUCACAUUCCACUGGUUACUGUGAAUCCUGCCAACCAGUCUUCUUGAUAACAGCAACAAUGAACCUGAACUAUUUUGGUACUUUUAUUACCUGAGACAGGUCACAAAUGUCAAAAUCAGAGUCAGUGGCUUACAGGAGUGCUGUUUUGUCUUAUGAUGUCAUUACCUAUCACUUUUCUCUGAAUUCUUGUUAGUAGAUCAUAAUGACAAUAUGUGUAAUACCCAAUUAUAUGGCAUUACAUUCACUUAGCAGUUAUCUGUAAGCGAGAUUAUACCAUCUUUCUCUCUGUACCUUAGUUCCUUGAAUUGAUUUUCCUUGGUCGAGGAAAUUUUCAUCACUUUCCAGCCUUGUGUUUAUUUUGACUCUCCCCUCCUCAGCCUAAGUGCUUCCUUUAACUUCAGAGGCCUUAGGCGCAGUCAUUAAAAUGUGGUCGAGUCUGCCAUAUACUUGCUAAGGCAGUCUUUUUAGGCAUUAACAUUUGUUAUCAUAUUCAUAUUUACAGUUUUGAAAUAACUUUUACUUCUCACUAGUAUUAUCUAAAUUAGAUGCCUCCCACCCCACCCCUAUUUUCAGGAGUGAGACAUAUGGAUGGUCUGAUUAGGGGAAAGAACAACAGACUUCAACAGCAGACUUGCUUCUGGACCUGGCCUCUCUGGCUCUGGGAUCCCAGGCAAGUCGCUUGCCCUGUCUGGCUCAUUUUUCAUCUAUAAAACAGGGUGGCUAGACAAGAUGAUCCGAGGCCAGUUCCAAAGGGAAAACCAUUGGCCUAAGGAACUAAAGGCAGGAGAGAAUGUAGAAAAGUGAUAUAGUUUCAGGAAGAGGAUUUUGGCCUUUGGUUUAGAAGAUGAGGCUGCCCCAAAAGAGCCAGUAGUCAUCUCCUACCUUGUCUAUAGCCCCUGACAUUCCCUGAUAGGAAUGGAGUUUCCAACAGCAAUCAUUAUAUAUAAAUUUCAGAAGAUGAGAUUAAAGCUGGGAUUUGAGAGAUCUUCUGGCUAAUCCUCUUGGUUUUAUGGAUGAUGAGAUUGAGGCCCAGAGCAGUAGUAAUAUGUGCAGUCACAGUGAGUGGCCUCGUGGAUCCAGUUUUCUCUCUUCUCUGUACCACACACACACCUUGGAUAGGUGCAAUGAAAUGCUCAUUGAUAGAAUCUUCCUGCAAGAUUGUGUGUUUCAACAGAAUCUGCCCUUCGUAAUACAGCUGACUGCAACUAAUGAUGCCCAGUCUUUACAACUGCUGCUGAUAUUCAUUUGUAGUUGCUUUGCUCACAUUUAGGAAUAAAAUAUGAAAGAAAUACUUUGUUAGAAAUAGUACCAAGGUUUCUCUACAUCUAUUCUAGCUUCUGUAUUUAAUACUUUUAGAUUUUAGAUGUCUCUUUUAAACAACUUGCUUAAUUUUAUACAAUUUUCCUAACCACAGCAAUCAAGCAAUUCAUGUGAUGGUUGCAAUCUAAAUUAUUUAAGGUAUAAAUGCCUAUUAGAUCUACCUCAUUAAGGAAUGUGGUUAAGUCUUGGGCAGUUCCCAGACUCCCUUAUGAAAUGGAGUGCUGUUUCUUUUUGCUGUCUUUAAACCUCUUUUCAAACUAAUUCAGAACUAGUAUCUAAUUUCUCUUUUUGCUGUGGCAUGUAAUGUAACUUUAGUUGGGAUUAAGAAUUAAGGUGGAAGUAACAGUGGAUGUCUCACAUUCUUCCAAAUUUUUCUCUUAAGAUUAUGCUAGUUUCAGAGUCCCGCCACUAGGGCCAUAUGCUGUCAAACUUGUAAUGAUUUUGUUGUUACAAAAAAUAUUUCUGUUAAAAAAUGAAGACUCUUUUUUAAUUUAAAUCCUAAUAGACUUCCCUUGUAUUAUCACCCAGUGUUCCCUUUUGCCCUAAUAUUUGUUUGUCAGGACUCUUAUUAGAUGGAUAGAGGAAGAAUACAUCUGUUGACCAUUUUGUUUCUCUGGAAUUCUGAGCAAUGAGAUCCUUUUAUUUGUAAAAUUGAAUCAUUACUCAUACUAUAAGGGCUUUCUACUUUUAAGAUGUAUUCAAUCAUUGCUUGCCAUUUUUUUUAAAGAAAACAAAGUUAAAAAAAAGUCUGAAUCACAGAUGUUUUUAGCCAUGCAUGUAUGAUUCAGGAAAGCCUCAGGACAUGUGGGCUCCUGGGGCUCUCCAUCGUUAGUGCAGCCACUCGUAUGCCUUUUAGUGACCUACUCCUCCCACUCCACUCCAAUGAGGUAGCCCUGAUACUUUCCUGAACAACCCUCCUACAGAGCACCUGCCGGGGUUUGGCCUAUUAAGACUAGUGGUGGUGAAGGCUCUGCCCCUUAUUAGCUUCGUUAAGUCUUUAUAAACAAUGAUCCCAAAUACUCUGAUUUCUGGUAUUUCUGUCAUUAUGUUGUGCUCAAAAUUCUCAUUCCACUAGUCCUCUUUCGUUGAAGCUGUGAAGUGUAUGCCUUGUCUUCACUGUUUCUGCGUUGAGCGAUGGACUGUGCAGUUGAAAGCAUCUUUUUAUUAUGAUCCACAACUAUACACUCCCUUCUUGCU